AAUACAGCACCUGCAUGAUGCUGCUUUUUUAGGUCAUAGUCAAUUUGUACAUUUUAUAUAAUUAAAUGAUUUCAUAGGUUUUAAUUUGCCCAGGAAAAAGGCCUUUCUUCUGUUUAUUCAUUUACAAGUCCUUUGUCAGAUGAAGUGUCAAGUCAAGUGCAGACCUUCCUGACAUCAUUGGGAGUCAACUAGUUGGAUAAAGAACUACACACACACACACACACACACACACACACACACACACACACACACACACACACGCUCAUGCAGAGAGAUACAGGCCGGGGUUAAGAAAACAUAGACAAGCAUCAGUAUUUUCCAGGGAGUAUCCAUUAUUUCUGGCUUGGGGUCUCUAAUGGUAUUUCAUUGUAAUUGCUAUGAUGUCAGAGUGUCCGUCCGCCCCAAUGGCCUUCUAAAAACAAUAACAAGGACAGAUUGGUUCCAUUCACUGGUUCUUUGAGCAGAGAGACACACACACAGGAGUCCAGCAGCUCAAACCUCUGCGAGAUCUUCAGCCGAAAAAGGUGAGAGGUGUCUUUUUUUUAUUUAACAUCCAUUCAGAUACAACAACUAAUAACUUAAAUGAGCAACUUAACAUUCAUUCGAACAGACUUUGAAGUGACUUGGUUGUAAAACAUUAUUGUUAAUAGACUAUUUUACAUAGAAUGAGUGCAGUUUCGUAGCCUAUAGUCCCAGUGAACGCUGUGGUGAGAGUAGUGCCAGGGCUGAUGUAAGGAUUCCACAUCAUUCUGUCAUCAGGAAGCAUUUUAACGUGAGUGAGACGUUCUGCAGGCGGCUCCAGUUGUUUCAGUGCAGUUUGAGUGGUCUGUGCAGAAUAAUGAAGCCGACGUCUCCAACUCACACACAAUGAGAAAAACUGCUGCUUUUCAACAAAGCGACAUGAAGUAACUCCCGUGUCAGAUUUAACAGGCUUUUUCAUUCAAUCUUUCUUUCUUUCUUUUGGAGGUAUAACUUUUGACUGUUCAAUUUGCCAAUUAAUACUUUUUACAGUGUAUUAAUCAGUGGGGCUGUUGGCUGCAGUGGCCAAAACAGUCACUAGAGGGAGGUGUGAGUUGUGCUAAAUUCCACACUGUAUAAUAUUCAUCUUCUACAGAUAGAUUAUCAAUAUGUAAACAUUUAGCUAUUUUUAGAGAUCAGCCUGAAUAUUUAUGUCCGUUUUUGUCAUUGAUUCACAGCAACAGUGUUAUUUCAGGUGAUGAUGAUUUGAAUUCUCUUUACUUAAUAUUGAUUUCGUCACUAACAAUGUAAAGAUAUUUAAAAACAAUGGUUGAUCAUGUGCAGCUGAUGAAUAAAAGACAUAAGAUAAUAAUAAUAAUGAUAAUUGUCUUCCAUCAAAGUUACUUAACCCUCUCUCUCUAUUUCUCUCCCCCAUCCUCCAUACCCAGCAUGCAUCUCCACCCUCUGCCCCUCUCCCUCUUCAUCCUCCUGGUUGGAGAGGCAACCGUGAUGUGCGUUGUCGUGACGACAGCGCUCCACGGCUUCCGAGGCUGCGCCGUGCGAGAGUUCUCCUUCGUGGCCCAGAAGCCCGGCUGCAAGGGACUACGCAUCACCACGGAGGCCUGCUGGGGGCGCUGCCACACCUGGGAGAAACCCGUGCCGGAUCCCCCCUACAUCCAGCGAAACCACCGCGUGUGCACGUACAGCCGUAGCCGCCACAUGACGGCACGGCUGCCGGGCUGCCCGCCCAACGUCUCACCUCUCUACCACUAUCCCAUGGCCCUGCACUGCCACUGUGCCAUCUGCUCCACACAGGACACAGAGUGUGAGACCUUCUGAGGCACGUUCAGCUCACAACGUCAACAAGUGUUUCACUGAUAUGACUUUCUAGACUUUGUGAGGGCCCAUGACAGCAGGAAGUUCACAUUUAAUGACAGGAAGAGUUUUUGAAAGAAGGAUACUUGAGGACCGAAGGCCUUGUGUGUAUCAAUGCUCAACAUGUGUCUGUAUGUAAGAAAGGAGGAAUCAAAGGAUGAGAAUAAAAAUAUUCAAAUACAAGA